CACUGUACACGUCACUAACAGGAACUUGGCAUUUCCUGGUUGUACUUAUCGAAACCACUUAUGCUUACAACAAAAUGCUCAUGUGAAGUUGCUGUUUUCUCCAUUGAAACGACGACACGGUUUAAUUAUAGUGUGCUAGUCCGUUUUUACAGUGUAAGGCGACAACGAAAAUGACAUUUCAAGGAGUCAUGAGGAUCCUUUUACCGACGUUGUGGGCUAUUUCAACCUUCGCAGACGAAAAAACGAAGUCGCCAACAACAACAGGCAUUACUGCUGCUGGCAACACCAAGCAUGUCACGAAUUCGAGUGCCAGUAACACGACGUCCAAGAACAAUCAUAGCAGCAUUUUCAACUCCUUCGACGUCGAUAGUUCAAUGAUACAACGGGCCUUGUACGUCCUUAUUGGAGUCACCACCAUUGGCGUGUUCUAUUUCCUCGUGAGAGCUGUGCGGCAGAAGAAAAUAACAACCUCUAAGAAGAAGUAUGGGCUGUUGUCAAACUAUGAUGACAGUGUUGAGAUGGCUGUGCUGGAGAGUGAUGAGGAGGAUGACACUGUAUAUGAGGCCAGGUCCCUGAGAAGAUGAGUCUGGAUCUUUUCAAAUAACACACAUUGGACUGGGGAAAGAAUGGAGACAUUCCUAAGGUGCAUUUUUCAACCGUUAUUAAGGCAUCUUUUUCUUUUUCUCUUGCACCUGAAAAAUGAAAAACUGGCUUUCAAAAUGACUGCUCUAUCUUCCGGUGAACACUUAUUUUGUCUAGCUGCCUGGGUAUGAAAAAGACAUGGUGUUUUUGGUGACCAAAUAAACUUACCUUUUGAUUCUAACUAUGAAGAGGAGGAAAUAGGAUUUGUAACAUAACAGGAGUCUAAUGCCAAAGUUGCUUAAGUGAAUGUGCGUGGGAUAAUUCUUCAAAUCCCCCUGUGCCCACCUUGAACAGUGCAUAACAAACAACGAAAGAUCUCUUCUAAUCAUCAACACGGAUCCUCAAUUUCCCGGUCGAUGUGGUGUUGCCAAGGUUUUGUUUCUUUGUCUCUUGACAAUAUUCUGUUGCCAUGGCAUCCUAUAUAUUUUAUGAUGUCUACCUUGAAUCAUACCUGGACCAUUAGAGUUAGGCUAGUAGCUAAUAGCCUGAUUAGUGAGUGUGCUUACAAACUACUGUAAACUAAGCUAGCCUACCAAUAUCCCCAUCCCAUUUUGUACUAUGCACCCACACAUGAAUGUUGUACUGUCGCAUAUACCUGCUCUAUUUGGUAACCUAGACCUAAUAAGUUUGUAAUACUUUCAAGAAGUUAGUUGCUGAAAAAGCAAGACUUAAGCCAAAAUGUUUGACAAUCUUAGACAGUAUGGAAUGUGUCUGUAAUUAUCGCCCCAUUUUUAUGCAGGCUAAUCAAUAUGCAAUUCCACUGGAGAUUGAAAUAUCCAUCCCUUCCCCUCUGUUUUGGCUACUUGUAACUCUGUAGAAGAAGCACCUAUAAUAAUUUGUUAGGCCUACUCAUAUCAGUGCAACUGUAAUUUCAGGUUUUGGUUACCAGUAAUUUCCCAAUGCCCAACCCAUUGUUUUCAAAUCCAGCUAACUGUAAAUGAUCUCAUGUGUUCUGAGAACCUUUGCUUCUUUUUAUUUUUCAAAAACAACACAUUUCAGAGCUGGUUCUUUCUCCUAAAUACAUGGUUGCUCUUGACUGUAAAAUCUCCUGUAAUUUGUCCAGAGACUGUUUGCUGUUGCAUUUACACAAGCUACUAAAUGAACAAAGAAGAGUCCACACAAUCUAUAUAUUUUUUUAUAUAGCUUUUUCCAACCUGCUUUGUCAAAUUAAGGUUUUGAAUAUAUUGUGGUGUCUUAAUUUUCCAUGCUAUACUCAAGUUGCAGAAAGAGGAUCCCUGCAUAAGUAUUUGUCACUACUGUGCUUGCUUCAUAGCAAUUCCCAGGGGAAAAUUAAUACAAUGUCACACAUUGAUUUAUUAAUUGAAACAUCUUGGUUAAUUGUGCCUCCAUUUCUGAGAGGUAAACUGCAUUAUAGGUUACGUUCCUGAUAAUCAGAAGAAACACACAGGCAAGAGAUUUAUCUUAAAUGAGCAUCAACCCCACUGAAAAUCCUCCCAGGUGUCCCUCUGGAUUUAGCCUAUUGGAAAUGGAUUGUAAAACCUUGAAACAAUGUCAAUGUCUGUACUAGAAAUAGAUUCAUAUUUUCUAAGAAUUUUAAUGGCAGCUGGUCCUGAGCUCAAAACAACUGCCGAAUCACUCCUUUCCCUUGUCAUAUGAUUUGUUUCCCGAAGGUGGUUUUCUGUCUGCAUUCCUUUGUCUGUGCAAAUCUUGUAUUUAACGGGAGCAAGGUCAGUCAUAUGAUAAAGACCUCGGCGAACAAAGGCUCCAGUAAAACGUAUAUGCUUUGACUGGCUCUAACAAAUAUCAUGAUUGUUUUCAUGGUCCAUUUCUUGCCUUCGUCUAUGAACUGUAUGUACGUUCUGAUCAGCAAUACUGUUCCUUUGUCGAUACUGUGGCCUGUGUGAUAGAGAAGUCCCAGUCGUGUUUUGAAUGAGGCCAAAGUGUAUGUACUGUAUCUGUGUGUGUGUGUAUUGAGUCUUGUAUUCUCUGUUGAUUUAAUGGCUAGUAGUGCUGUGUUGGUGCUGCAGGUCUGAGGCCUUCUGGUUGGUUGGUGGUGGGAUCCUUAGGCUGUUACGGUGGGCUCUUUUCACAUCAUGUUGAAAAGGAAAAAUAAAUCAAAGUGAGACUUUGAGCAAGACAA